AUGGAGGAUAUGAAAACAUCUGGAAUUAAUUCUGGAAUUGAUUCUCUAGUGCUCGCCUUGGCACAAGAUGUCACUCAAGAUACAGUUGACUACGGUACUUUUGAUAUCGGAGUGGGUGACCUUGAUAUUAGUCCUGAUGUGUAUUAUUCCAUUAUCAAUAACGCCGAUACUACUAUUUCCGGUAGUGUUAAUGUAGGUAACUCGGGAGGGUUCUACAUCAGUAGUGUCUCAAAUCUCAUUGGAUUAAAUGUUGAAAUAACUGGUGAUACUUUUGUGAACGAUGGUACUACAUCUUUCAAUUCUGUUGCUUCCCUUAUCGCUAGUACUUAUAUUCUUACUGAUACGGGAGGUUUCACGAACAAUGGUAACUUCUAUAUGGGAUCCAAUGGUGCUCUUGGAGUUGGUACUUUCACCAUUAAUGCCCCAACUAUUACAAAUAAUGGUUUAAUGGUUUUCUAUCAAACUCAAAAUAACGGUGGUCAUGUCACCUUAGGUGGAGAAAACUUGGUAACUGGAGGUAUUACUAACAAUGGACAGAUUUGUUUAUACAACGAACUUUAUGAGCAACUCUCGGGUAUCGGAGGUACUGGAUGCAUUACAGCCCAAUCAAAUUCUACUGUCUACGUUUCUGAUCCUUUCGCUAACAUAACUGGCCAAACUGUCUAUUUAGCUGAUUCUCAAUCAUCUGUUAUUGCCAAUCCUCUUUUGGCAGGAAAGCCAAUUAAUGUUGCUGGUUUUGGUAAUGGAAAUAUGAUUGCUUUGAGUACAACCUUAGUUCCUAACGUCCUCGGAGUUACUAAACCAUUCUCCUAUGAUGCAAGUACUGGACAAUUGACACUUUAUGCUGCAACAGGGUCUCAGGUUUUUAACAUAGGUACUGGAUAUAACGCCAAUGAUUUCUCAGUAACAACUGAUUGGGAUGCCGUUCAAGAUGGGGUGAUAUUACCCUUUAAUGCUGUGACUUAUAGUGGUCCCGUUCCUACUGGUACUGGUUCUACUUCUUCAUCAGGUUGUGCAUUAUGUGAUUCUCUUCCAGCUAUUCCUGGUAUCAGUGGAUCCGAUUACACGACUACCGUCACCAGCUCAGAAGAUGGCCAAGUCUGUACUGAUGUUGAAGAAAUUGCAGUCACAUCUGAUGCUCUGGGUAAUUUCUACAACACAACAAUUCUUUUGUCAGCUUACUGUGCUACAUCAUCUUCUAGUGAAGCAUCAUCUUCUAGUGAAGCAUCAUCUUCUAGUGAAGCAUCAUCUUCUAGUGAAGCAUCAUCUUCUAGUGAAGCAUCAUCUUCUAGUGAAGCAUCAUCUUCUAGUGAAGCAUCAUCUUCUAGUGAAGCAUCAUCUUCUAGUGAAGCAUCAUCUUCUAGUGAAGCAUCAUCUUCUAGUGAAGCAUCAUCUUCUAGUGAAGCAUCAUCUUCUAGUGAAGCAUCAUCUUCUAGUGAAGCAUCAUCUUCUAGUGAAGCAUCAUCUUCUAGUGAAGCAUCAUCUUCUAGUGAAGCAUCAUCUUCUAGUGAAGCAUCAUCUUCUAGUGAAGCAUCAUCUUCUAGUGAAGCAUCAUCUUCUAGUGAAGCAUCAUCUUCUAGUGAAGCAUCAUCUUCUAGUGAAGCAUCAUCUUCUAGUGAAGCAUCAUCUUCUAGUGAAGCAUCAUCUUCUAGUGAAGCAUCAUCUUCUAGUGAAGCAUCAUCUUCUAGUGAAGCAUCAUCUUCCAGUGAAGCAUCAUCUUCCAGUGAAGCAUCAUCUUCCAGUGCUUCGGAUGAGGAUACCACUUACACCACCACUUUCACCACCACUGAAUCCGAUGGAUUUGUUGCUACAGACUCCGGAGUUGUUGUUGUUAGUACCGAUUCUAAUGGUAGUGCUUCUACUUCUACUUCGUUGUUCCCAACUGAAAGUGAUCCAUUUACUUCUUACACCACCACUUUCACCACCACCGAAUCCGAUGGAUCUGUUGAUACAGAUUCGGGAGUUGUUGUUGUCACCACCAACAGUGCCGGAUCAUUAACUUCAGAAACCUCAUUAUUCCCAACUGGAAGCGAUGUUGAUACUACUUACACUACUACUUUCACCACCACUGAAUCCGAUGGAUUUGUUGCUACAGACUCCGGAGUUGUUGUUGUCAGUACCGAUUCUAACGGUAGUGCUUCUACUUCUACUUCGUUGUUCCCAACUGAAAGUGAUCCAUUUACUUCUUACACCACCACUUUCACCACCACCGAAUCCGAUGGAUCUGUUGAUACAGAUUCGGGAGUUGUUGUUGUCACCACCAACAGUGCCGGAUCAUUAACUUCAGAAACCUCAUUAUUCCCAACUGGAAGCGAUGUUGAUACUACUUACACUACUACUUUCACCACCACUGAAUCCGAUGGAUUUGUUGCUACAGACUCCGGAGUUGUUGUUGUUAGUACCGAUUCUAAUGGUAGUGCUUCUACUUCUACUUCGUUGUUCCCAACUGAAAGUGAUCCAUUUACUUCUUACACCACCACUUUCACCACCACCGAGUCAGAUGGAUUUGUUGCUACAGACUCUGGAGUUGUUGUUGUCACCACCAACAGUGCCGGAUCAUUAACUUCAGAAACUUCAUUAUUCCCAACUGAAAGUGAUCCAUUUACUUCUUACACCACCACUUUCACCACCACUAAUUCAGAUGGAUCUGUAUCUACUGACACUGGUGUUGUCGUCGUCACUACCAACUCUGCCGGUAGUUUGACUAGUGAAACUUCUGUUAUCACCAAUGCUGAUACUACUUACACUACUACUUUCACCACCACUGAAUCCGAUGGAUUUGUUGCUACAGACUCCGGAGUUGUUGUUGUUAGUACCGAUUCUAACGGUAGUGCUUCUACUUCUACUUCGUUGUUCCCAACUGAAAGUGAUCCAUUUACUUCUUACACCACCACUUUCACUACCACUGAGUCCGAUGGUUUCGUAGCCACUGAUUCAGGUAUUGUCGUUGUUACUGGUUAUCAAAAUUCUCAAAUUUACACUUCCACUUCAUUAUUCCCAACUGAGAGUGAUCCAUUCACUAGUUAUUUGACUACAUUUACCACAACCAAUUCAGAUGGAUCUGUCUCUACUGACACGGGUGUUGUUGUUGUCACCACCAAUUCUGCUGGUAGCUUGACUAGUGAAACUUCCAUUGUAACUGAUCCUGAUACUACUUACACCACCACUUUCACCACCACUGAAUCCGAUGGAUUUGUUGCUACAGACUCCGGAGUUGUUGUUGUCAGUACCGAUUCUAACGGUAGUGCUUCUACUUCUACUUCGUUGUUCCCAACUGAAAGUGAUCCAUUUACCUCUUACACUACUACUUUCACCACCACCGAGUCAGAUGGAUUUGUUGCUACAGACUCUGGAGUUGUUGUUGUCACCACCAACAGUGCUGGAUCAUUAACUUCAGAAACUUCAUUAUUCCCAACUGAAAGCGAUCCAUUCACUAGUUAUUUGACUACAUUUACCACAACCAAUUCAGAUGGAUCUGUCUCUACUGACACGGGUGUUGUUGUUGUCACCACCAAUUCUGCUGGUAGCUUGACUAGUGAAACUUCCAUUGUAACUGAUCCUGAUACUACUUACACCACCACUUUCACCACCACUGAAUCCGAUGGAUUUGUUGCUACAGACUCCGGAGUUGUUGUUGUCAGUACCGAUUCUAACGGUAGUGCUUCUACUUCUACUUCGUUGUUCCCAACUGAAAGUGAUCCAUUUACCUCUUACACUACUACUUUCACCACCACCGAGUCAGAUGGAUUUGUUGCUACAGACUCUGGAGUUGUUGUUGUCACCACCAAUAGUGCUGGAUCAUUAACUUCAGAAACUUCAUUAUUCCCAACUGAAAGCGAUCCAUUCACUAGUUAUUUGACUACAUUUACCACAACCAAUUCAGAUGGAUCUGUCUCUACUGACACGGGUGUUGUUGUUGUCACCACCAAUUCUGCUGGUAGCUUGACUAGUGAAACUUCCAUUGUAACUGAUCCUGAUACUACUUACACCACCACUUUCACCACCACUGAAUCCGAUGGAUUUGUUGCUACAGACUCCGGAGUUGUUGUUGUCAGUACCGAUUCUAACGGUAGUGCUUCUACUUCUACUUCGUUGUUCCCAACUGAAAGUGAUCCAUUUACUUCUUACAGUACCACUUUCACCACCACCGAAUCCGAUGGAUUUGUUGCUACAGAUUCCGGAGUUGUUGUUGUUACUAGUAAUAGAGCUGGAUCAUUAACUACAGAAACUUCAUUAUUCCCAACUGAAAGUGAUCCAUUUACUUCUUACACCACCACUUUCACCACCACCAAUUCAGAUGGAUCUGUAUCUACUGACACUGGUGUUGUUGUUGUUACCACUAAUUCUGCUGGUAGUUUGACUAGUGAAACAUCAUUAUUGACUAGUAUUGCUGCUACUGAUUAUACCACUACUUUCUUAUCUACUGAGUCAGAUGGUCAAGUUGAUACUGACACUGGAGUGGUUAUUGUUACCACCAAUUCUGAUGGCCAAUGGUACACAACUACCUCUUUGAUUGAAUCGCCAACUGAAUACACCACUACAUUCUUAUCUACUGAAACCGAUGGAAAAGUUGAUACCGAUACUGGUGUUGUCAUAAUCUCCACUAACUCUGAUGGCCAAUGGUACACCACUACAUCAUUGUUGGGAGCUACUGAAUAUACCACCACCUUCUUAUCAACUGAGACUAACGGACAAGUUGAUACUGAUACUGGUGUCGUCAUAAUCUCCACUAACUCAGAAGGUGAAUGGUACACCACUACAUCUUUAAUCGGUGGAGUUGUUUGUAAGAGAGAUGGUACCGGUUGUACUACUAAUCUGUUUACUGAGUAUACUACAACCUUUGUAUCAACUGAACCAGAUGGAAAAGUUGAUACUGAUACUGGAGUUGUUAUCGUCACCACCAAUGCCGCUGGAAGUCUUUACACUACUACAUCAUUAUUAGGAGCUACUGAAUACACUACUACUUUUACUACAACUGAACCAAAUGGUGUUGUUGAAACUGAUACCGGUGUGGUUAUAAUCUCAACUAACUCUGAAGGUGAAUGGUACACUACUACUUCUUUGAUUGAAUCGCCAACUGAAUACACUACUACAUUCUUAUCAACUGAGUCUAAUGGAAAAGUUGAUACUGAUACUGGUGUAGUCAUCGUCACCACCAAUUCUAAUGGUGAAUGGUACACUACUACAUCCUUACUUGAGUCACCAACUGAAUACACCACUACAUUUACUACAACCGAACCAAAUGGUGUUGUUGAAACUGAUACCGGUGUUGUUAUAAUCUCCACUAACUCCGCUGGUCAAUGGUACACGUCGACAUCAUUAUUAGGUGCUAGUGAAUACUUAACUACCUUUACUAGUACACUUCCAAAUGGUGUUGUUACUACUGAAACAGGUGAAGUUAUUGUCUCUACGAAUUCAGAAGGUGAAUGGUAUACCACUACAUCCAUUAUAGAAAAAUGUUCUUGUUCUGAAUUCACUACAACUAUUGUCACCACUAACACUGUUGGUGUGCCAUGUACUGAAACUGGUGUAUUAAUUGUCACUACUAAUGCAGCAGGUGAGACUUAUACUACUACUUCAUUGCUUGGAACUCAAUCAGGUCCAGUUAUUUACACUACUACUAUUGUAACUACGGAUACUGUUGGUGUUCCAUGUACUGAAACUGGUGUUGUUGUUGUUACUACUAAUGCAGCAGGUGAAACUUACACUAGUACUUCUAUCUAUGGUACUCCAGUUUACACCACCACUAUUGUUACUACUGAUACUGUUGGUGUUCCAUGUACUGAAACUGGUGUUGUUGUUGUUGGUACUAAUGCUGCUGGUGAAUCAUAUACUAGUACUAGUAUUGUUUCUAGUGCUUCACAAAGCAUUUUAUCUUCUUAUACCACUACUAUUGUUAGUACUAAUGCUGCUGGUGUACCUGUCACUGAUACUGCCGCUGUUAUCGUUGCAAGUAGCUCUGAAGGUGGAGUAUACACUUCUACUUCAAUCAUUGGUGCCGAGUCUACUGGUGAAGCUAGCGUUCCAGGAGCUACUGAAGCUGCUCCAGCUGUUGGUACAACCACCGCCGCUACUCCUGUUGCUGCUAAUACUGUGGCCGCUGAAUCAACUACUAGUUCCGCUACUUCGGCUCCAACUGCUCCAGUUGCUGAGGGAGCCUCUUCGAGAAGUCAAGUUUCAAUUAUUAUGACUUUGAUUUCUACAUUUGUUGUCAUAAUGUUCAUUUAGUUAGGUUGAUUUUGAUUAGCAUUCUCAUUCCUUUUGCUUUCGUCCUUAAUUAUUUAUUUUCUAUUCAGUUCAUACCCAUGUUUUCAAUUCUUGUUACAAUUUUGCUUUUUUUUUUAAAUUUCAAUCAUUUGGAUUUAACUUCUUUUUUUUCGUUAACUAGUCGUUUUAAUUAUUUCUGUAUAAAAGACUCCU